GUGAUUCAUUUUAAAAUGCGAAGAAUGCUUAACUGAGUUUUUAAAUGGGAAGAAUGCGCCUAGCAUUUUGAGUGGUAUGUAGAUAUAUAAUUUUGGAUAGAAAAAGAAAAAGAUAAUUUCCUGCCCAUUCUCAGUGUUCAGAUUGAUUGGGCUGUCAUGUCUUCAAAGCAGCUCCACGGAAACGCCAACUACUCAUAUCUACGUUGCACGCGUCCAUGGAAGGGCGAUUCUCGCUUCUGAACCGGAGUCGGGUACGGAAGCGCGUCGAAACGCCCGGAAGCGUGAGAGAAGCACGACUCUAUUAGACUAUAUGAACCGUCCGGUUAACACUGUUAGUUAAACCGAGACCUUUACUAUAAAUACUAAACCAGAUUGUAACAAACUCUUGAUGAAAUCAAUAAUACAAAAGUUCAUCUUCUUCUUCUUUUCUCUCUACUUCUCGAGCUCUGUUUCUGAAUCUAAUAUGCUAUCAGAGCUUGUGCUCUUCUCUUCUCUUAUUGUAUUUUUUUUUAUAUGACAUAAUAUAACAUAUUAGGUAAUAAACUUAUUCUUAAAAGUGUUAAAUUUUUAUUUUUGGCAAAGAUAAUAUAUCUAUUAGAAAAGUAUUUUCAUUAUAAUUGUAUAUACGUUUUUUUUUUUAAAAAAAAUUGUCAUAGGCCCUAAAACUCUUUGCACGGCACUGCCUGCCAUAGCAAGUCUCUCUAUCUAGCAUACGAACAAAUGGCUUCUCCUUCACCUUAGUAAAGCUAUAAUAUAUCUUGUUUUACAAAUGCUUUCAUAUAAUUGCAAAGACGCUGUUCUAUGCUUCUACUAUAUCUACCAAUAUUAUUAAAUCUCUUUGAAGCCCAAUACUAAUGCAUGUAACUCUACGCAAACUCGAUAUGGCAUAGUUUUGCAUGAACCUAGUGAGAUCAGGCAUCACCGUAAAAGAAACCCACCGUACUCUUAACAGUUACGUACGACUACUGUCCAUGAUUCUAUCACUGAGAUUCCAAGAUUUGUAGAGUUCUACAUUGUUCCUAUAACUGUUCUUCAUUAUAGUAUAAUCAUAUGAUCAAAUAUAGUAAGGUGAUUAAAACCGUGUCCUAAGGCCGACGUGCAAGAAACUAAGCAAAAACGUGUACCGGAUUACACGUGCCAGCUUAUAUUUCUAUACUUGUUUUCAAUUAAAAAUAAACGAAAAAACCGUUACAACGGUCAAAAGCAAGGGUGGCAAAAGAAAUAAAAUCUAAAAUAGAGACAAAGCUAACGUUUGAUGGUGUAAGAGAAAGAGAAGAAAAGAGGAGGAGGAGGAGGGUGAUGAUGAAGCUAUGGAAACGAGCUUCCGGUGCUCUCAAAGACCGGAAAAGCUUGUUCUCCAUCAGCUUCUCCCGGAGAACCUCCGUCCGUAACCCUGACCUUGACUCAGCCAUCAUCCACGCAACCUCUCACGACGACUCAUCCGUCGACUACCACCAUGCUCACCGUGUCUACAAAUGGAUCCGCUCCUCUCCAGCAAACCUCAAGCCUCUUGUCCACUCGCUUUCCUCACGGGUUAACCGGACAAGAAGCUGGAUCGUUGCCUUGAAAGCCCUAAUGCUCGUCCACGGUGUCCUUUGCUGCAAAGUCCCCUCCCUUCAAGAGAUACGUCGCCUCCCUUUCGACCUCUCGGACUUCUCAGACGGUCACUCCCGUCCCAGCAAGACAUGGGGCUUCAACGCAUUAGUACGAGCCUAUUUUUCGUUUCUUGACCAGUACUCUUUCUUUUUAUCCGACCAAAUACGUUCCCGGAAUAGAAAACCUCAGGUAGAUUCUGUUAACCAAGAGCUCGAAAGCAUCGAGAAGCUUCAGACUCUUCUCCACACCCUUCUCCAAAUACGUCCAAUGGCUGACAACAUGAAGAAGACGCUUAUUCUUGAAGCUAUGGACUGCGUAGUGAUUGAGAUCUUCGACAUAUAUGGUAAAAUCUGUAGUGGUAUAGCCAAGCUUCUAAUUAAAAUCAGUCCAGCUGCUGGGAAAGCAGAAGCUGUGAUGGCUCUUAAGAUUGUAAAGAAGGCUACAUCUCAAGGAGAAGACCUAGCUCUCUACUUUGAGUUUUGCAAAAAGUUUGGGGUCUCAAACGCGCAUGAAGUCCCAAAGUUUGUCAGAAUCCCGCAAGAAAACAUUGAGGCAAUGGAGAAAGCCAUUAAAGGAGUUGAAGAAAGAGAGGAGACAAAGGAGGAUGAGGAGGAGGUAGUAGUGGAAGAAAAGAGUAUCAUAUUAGCUGAGAGACAAGAGUUUCAGACCAUCAUAACCGAUAAAUGGGAGGUUUUUGAAGACGACUAUUGUUUCACAUGUACUGAUAUUAAAGAAACUGAUCAACCUAGAAACUACAACGUGGAUCCCAGUUUGUUGCCUCUUAUAGUUAUCGACGAGCCAGUUUACUUGACUCGCACGUUUCCUGAUUUGAUUACCUUCUAAUUGCAACUUGAUCAGGUUUUUCUUUUUUAAUUACUUUGUUCUCUUCUGUAUUUUUCUUCCUUUUUGUUGAAUAUGCGGAUGAUAAUAAACGUUAGAUAUUAUCUCAAAAUUUCCAAAUUUAUUCAGCAAUAAAAAGGUUUUUAAGAUUGAGCUUGCAGACUCAAUCGUUUGUGACUGUCUUAAAGACGAUCAAGAAGCAAAAAAUGUAAUGACCAAGCGGUAAACGAGAUUGACAUUGUUGUAAUGCUAGGAUUAAGAUGUGUUUCAGCAAAGAAUAGGGAGACAAUUUGAUAUUCUACAAACACUAAAAGCAACAAAACUUUGACAUAAAACACCCAACCCAAAACCACAGAGAACAAGCAGAGUUGAUCAAAAUCUUGGUUUUUUUUUAGGAAGUUUCAACGUCUGAGAGAUCCAAACCUUCUCGGUAAAGCUCAAAGUCACUAGGGCUCCAUCUGCAGACUAAGUUGAGUUUGAACGUAGCCAACUUGAUUCC